AUGGAAAUACAAGCCGUAUUGAGAAUGAUCUUAGUCUUAACCUUUGUGAUUCUCUGUGUUUUCUACAAUGGAGUCUACGGAUUAGCUUCUGAGGAGAUCGAUAUGAAAUUGAAGAAUCUUAAUAAGCCUGCGUUAAAGACCAUCAAGACCGAAGAUGGAGAUAUGAUAGAUUGUGUGGAUAUCUAUAAAGAACCUGCUUUUGAUCAUCACGCCUUAAGAAACCACAAAAUUCAAAUGAAACCAAGUGUGGAUAAUAGUCUGAAGAACAACGGUUUUUAUAAACCGGCCGGUAAUAUCCCAGAUUUGGACUAA